GAAGAAGGGGAUUUUAUUUGUUGCGAUUGACGAAAACAAACCUCUUUCAGAUCAAGGUCCUUUUAAUAUUGUUCUCCACAAGUUGUCAGGAAAAAAGUGGCGUCAAAUUCUUGAGUGCUGCCAGUUCGAGUGGAUGGUCUAGUACGAUCUAGCAUUGACUGGUAAAUGGAGAGAUCCUUUAGAGUUUAAGCUAUUUUUCCCUGAUGUAAUUUGCAGACUGCAUCUUCUUUCUUUAUCAUAAAUCAUGAUCUUAUAAUUAAAAUGAUGAAGUGUUAAAUAAUAUGGCAAUUGAGGGUUUUGCCUUCGAUGACAAGCUUAUGUAGCUCUUGCUUGGUGAUCUAUUUAGGUGUUGUUGAUGGCACUUGCAUUAUAUUUUGGUUGUUAUCAAAUUCAAAAAAUCAUCUUCCUUUUGUUUUUCUAAUCGUUUGUUUGCAUUUUUGUCUCUGAAGACAAAAGUAGCUGAGUCACUACAUUAUUUACUUAUUAUAUUUUGGUUGUUAUCAAAUUCAAAAAAUCAUCUUCCAUUUUUUUUCUUUCUGAUUAUUUGUUUGCCUUUUCAUCUCCAAAGACAAUAGUAUCCGAGUCAUCAAAUUAUUUACUUAUUAUAUUUUAGUUGUUAUCAAAUUCAAAAAAUCAUCUUCAAUUUUUUUUCUAAUCGUUUUUUGCUUUUUUGUCUCUGAAGACAAAAAUCUGAGUCACUACAUUAUUUACUUCUUGUCAUAUUUGACGAAGUUUCAAAGAAGCCAACUAAUCCAGUAACUCUUUACAUGUGUAUAUUGUUACAAAUUCAUGAAACCAUGUUGAGAUAACUAGUGUGGAUAUUUAAGCAUGUACAGAAUACAGAUAAGUAUGCCAUACGCUUAUGUAUUAUGCUGAAAAUUCUGAUCAAAUUUGCAGGCUGUGGAACUUCUGUGGUAAGCUGAAACUGAAAUGAUACAGUAUUGCAAAAAUUAUAAUAUAAUUUAAUCAUUAAACAAGUAAUAGGGAUUGAUAUGUUUUCCUACUUAGCUGUAUGAUCUUGAAGAUCUAUGUAAAUAUACUUGAAAUAAUUUAACUUAUGUAAUUUCAUAUUUUCCUUGCAGUUAUCUUGUUGUACAUUUUCAAGAUUAAUUGCUUGUUUUGGGUGUUUUCAAUAGACUCUUCAACCCCUCAAGCUUCCUUUGUUACUUUAUAAUGAGCAUUCUUUGACAGAUACAAGGGAGCAAUUCUACAUGCUGUCAUCAUUGUUAGGAUGGGGAUAAAUAUAUGUCUAUUCUUGCUAAAUACAAUGUGAAUUAGUCCAAUGUUUCUUGCAUAUUGGAUAUGACUGUGUGUGUUGCUAUUAGUCAUAACUUAUGUGUGAGCCUUGGUUGUCAGAAUUUCGAUCACUUGCUUGUGAUGACAGUAACUAUUGUAUAUUAUUAGAUUGCAUAUAACACCACUUGCUGUCAAUCCAGUUGCUCCGAUAACUGAACUGGAAGUGUGCUUGCAAUUGCCGAGGUCUUGCUUGCUAGUAGGUUUUAAUUAUAAUAAAAUGCUAUACGCUUAUACCGGUAAGGACGUCAGUUUUCUGCUAAGAUACCCUUUGAUAUGUAUGUUCUUAUAUCAACUGGCUGAUUGUGUUGGAGAGUAAGUUAACGCACCGCAAGUAGAGAGUGUGCACGCACUGGAGGAUGUAUUGCCUGCAUUAUGCUUGUCUUUUUUAUAUAUCAUAGCUUCUUUCUUCUGUGUGCUUAUUCUACUAAUCUUCUCUUGUCAUAAGAACAAAUAUGUCUUUAACUCUUUGCUAGGCUGUCAACACUUUCUUGUUUUGCAUGUGUUAUGUUAUGUCAUGUCAUACUUGUUGUGUUUGGUGAUGCAGAAAUAAUGAUCCUAAAAAUGCAAUAAUUAGUAAGUCUGGAUCUGCAUUUGCUUUUGAUCUAUUUCCGACAUUGAUUGCUCCAGAGCAGUUACCUCUUAGUAGGUGAUUCCAUGUAUCCUACACUUCAUCCAUUUUCACUAAAACAUUUUAAGCACCUAAAAAUGCAUCUUUUUGCACAAUCUUUAAACAUUUGUUGCUAGGAGCUAGAAACCGGCAAGCUCAUGGCCUUUGGUCUGGUAUGCUUCUGCCUGUUAUGAAACUGAGCAGUAGUCCUAUCAAAUAGCCUCUAAAUGAAGUGCUUUACUAAGUUUAUUUAGCUAGUAAUAAUUAGUUGGAACUGUUAUAAAACUUUUUCUUGUAAUUAUUCUUUCUUUUGGCAAUAUAGUUAUUGACUUAUAGUUUUUGUAGUCUGGUAGUCGUCAUGGAAAUAAAAAAAAGGUUUAAAUUGCUAUUAGGAAAAAAUUCCGCUGAAAAAGUAAAUAAAAAGCAUUGUGAAUUGGAACAUUGAAAUAUUUCAGUCUUUUAUAUGGCUUGUUCCUGUCCAGUAAUUUUAUGACUUAACUUGAAGUAUUGAUAUUUUACUAAAUUCACUCUCUGCCAUCCUUGUUCCAUAUUCUUGAAGGAUUACCGGGAAGAACAUCCAGAAGUGACUGUUCUUGAUCCACCGGAUGCCAUACAGCAGUUACGCAAUCGCCAAUCAAUGCUUCAAUAUGCAUCCAAUUUGAAUUUGUCUGAUUGCUAUGGUAAAAUUGGGGUUCCUAGGCAACUAGUUAUAACUGAAGACCCUACAUCCAUCCCACGUGCUGUUGCGGAGGCUGGACUAACAUUACCGUUAGUUGCUAAGCCAUUAGUGGCGGACGGAAGUGCAAAAUCACAUGAAUUAUCUCUUGCCUUUGAUCAAUUUGCCUUGUCAAAGCUUGACCCUCCCUUGGUUCUCCAGGAGUUUGUUAAUCACGGUGGUGUUCUCUUUAAGGUCUAUAUAGUGGGGGAGUCGAUAAAGGUUGUGCGCCGGUUUUCUCUUCCUGAUGUUAAUAAAUGUGAACUACUUGAUACUGCUGGUGUGUUUCGGUUCCCAAGGGUGUCUUGUGCUGCUGCUUCGGCUGAUGAUGCUGAUCUGGAGCCUGAUAUUGCUGAACUUCCUCCAAGACCUUUGCUCGAGAGGCUUGCUAGAGAGCUUCGUUGCCGAUUGGGUCUUCGAUUGUUCAACAUGGAUAUAAUCAGAGAGCAUGGAACAAGGGACCAGUUUUAUGUCAUCGAUAUCAACUAUUUUCCUGGUUACGGUAAAAUGCCAGGCUACGAGCACAUAUUUACUGACUUCCUCAUAGGCCUGGUUCAAGUAUGAAAGGCUUUUGUGUGACACUUGAAGGUGUUAAAAGUCUUUUUAAUUUUCUAGCAUGAUUGUGGUCAUUUGAUCACUAAGAAGCUACAGCUUGAGAGAGCAGAAUAUGUAUCUGGAGAUUGAUGGCAAGAUGGUGGCCGCAAAACAGGAAAUUUACAAAGUCUACAUGGUGGCUGUGAUUUGAGAAACCUUGACAGAGGCAGGUUGGUGGCCUCAAAUGGAUUUCACCUUUCUUCAGUUGGUCAUCGCCAUAGAUGCAUGCAACCUCAACUGAAUAACAAACUCUAUUUUCGUUUGGAUUGUACAUUUUCAAUUAUUGAUUUUUUCAGUGUAUCUUUGAGAAAAAUCGAUCGUCAAGUUCAUUAACUGAUAGCUCUAAGAUCAAAGGCAUAUUUUGCUUUUCCACUUUGCCUGUGAAAGCAAAAAACUAUAAACAACCUUUUGCCCAGAGUCAGUACUUGUCAUUUUGUUGGUUAAAGAUAAGAAGAUUGGAUCUUAUAUCUCCA